AUGAGCAACCGACUUUCAUCCAAGGAGGAUUAUGAGAAGCUUUUGGACAGCUAUGAUACAUGGCUAUUUGACUGCGACGGUGUUCUAUGGCGCGGAGAUCAUCUGAUAGAAGGAGUCGUUGAGGUUUUAGAUAUCCUAAGGCGUCGAAAUAAGAAGAUAGUCUUUGUCACGAACAAUGCCACGAAAUCUAGGAAGAGCUACAAGACCAAAUUUGACCAACUAGGGGUUGAAUCUCAUGUCGACGAAAUUUAUGGAUCGGCUUAUGCCGCUGCUGUUUACCUGUCUUCAGUUGUCAAAAUCCCGAAGACCAAAAAGGUCUAUGUUAUUGGUCAAGGAGGAUUAGAAGAAGAACUUCGGGACGAGGGUGUAAACUUCAUUGGCGGCACGGAUCCCGCGGACAAUACGCUCGCACCAUUCAGUCUGGGCGACUUCGUUCUUGAUCCCGAUGUGGCCGCCGUUGUCUGUGGCCUGGAUACACAGAUAAAUUAUACGAAGCUCUCAAAGGCCUUUCAAUAUUUAACUCGGAACCCAGACUGUCUUUUCAUUGCGACAAAUGAGGAUAGCACAUAUCCUAGCGCACACGGCUUACUUCCAGGAGCAGGUUCCAUCAGCGCACCCUUGAGAUUUUCUCUUGGUAGAAGCCCUGUCUGCACAGGAAAACCGUCAAAUACCAUGCUAGAUUGUGUCAAAGCUAAGUUGGUCACCAGUUUCCCUGCUGCGAUGAAUGAUUCAAUUAACGAUCGUGGUUAG